AUGAAUAAUACAAAGAAAUGUAAACUAAAAAGAAAUCUAUUAGAUUAUCCACUAAAAGAUAAAAUAAAAGCAUUUAUCAAUAACAAUCAUUCAGAAAUAGCAACUGAGUUAAUUUCAAACAUCGAAUACGUCAUUAGAACAUCUGGUGAUCAUUAUAAUGAUUUAUUAAACUCUUUAAAUCCAUUACUAAAAGAUGUAACGGCAAACUUUCUUAAUAAAAUAUUCAUGUGUGAUAGGAAUCUUUGUAGAUCUGGUGAUGCCUGUAAAAAUAAUGUUUGUCUUUUUAUUCAUCCUAGAGAACAAAGUGAUGAAGAAGAACAUUCUAUUAAAAGACUUAAGAAAAAUAACGAAGUGGUUUUAAAUCAUGUAGAGGAAGAUAAAUACACAGAAGAUGAUAUUAGAAAGUAUGCAGAAAAGUUUGGUGGUGUUAAAGUCAUCAAUCAAUUAUCACAUGAUAAAUAUACAAUUGAAUUUGAUGAUGUUGAAAGUGCACAGUUGUUAAUUGACUCACAAUCACCCUCACUUAAUGAUUCAAAAAUUCAAAAGUUUUUUAGUGUUCAACCAUCAGAAUUUUCAUCUCAAUUUAAAUCUGUUGUUCCAAUAAAGAAAAAAUCAACUUUUAAUGUUGUUGAUUUGUUAAUGGAACAAAAAGGAUAUGUUGAUGACUUAGAGAGGAAAGGUCACACAAACAUAGAUGCACUUAAAAUUGUCACACUUAGAAUACGAAACUAUCUUUUACAAAAAGAAGGAAAACUUCCUCCAAAAACGAAACCUCGUCAAGAAAAAACUGAAACAGUGUCAUCUAAUUCAAUUUAUUCAAAUCUUUUUAAAUAA